AUGAUAUAUUUUUUAAUACUAUCAGAGGGUCUAAACAUACAGCAAAAGGAUUUAUUUCAAAGAAUUUCUACGGCCAUUGAAAAAUAUUUACAUGGUGAUGAUGAAAAGCUGUUGCUUUUUAUAACUGGAGGAGCUGGCAGUGGCAAAUCAUUUGUUUUAAAAUUACUCGUGGAGCACAUCAAGAGGUGUUAUGUGCCUACAGUUGAUUUGCUUCUAAAGCCUAAAUUUGUUGAGGUAGGUUCAUUGACCGGUGUCGCCGCCCGCCAGGUACUUGGCAAAACAUUGCAUUCUCUUUUUUCUCUUCCCAUCGAAAAAGGUAAUUCAACUGCAUAUAGACGCUUAAAUGGUGAAAGGCUAGAACAAGAAAGACGUAAAUGGCGCAACAUAAGUUGGUUAGUGAUUGACGAAAUAUCAAUGGUGUCUUACGAGAAUUUAAGAAUGAUUCAUUUGCGGCUACAGGAAUUCAAAAACAAUGAUAAGUUGUUUGGUGGGAUAAAUAUUGUUCUAUUUGGAGACAUCAUGCAACUGCCCCCUGUGAAAGGACAUUGGUGCUUUGUACAGCCAGCUUGGUUUGCUGCAGAAAUUAAUUUAUGGCACGCAUUUUCAUUCUGCGAAUUAACAAUCAAUAUGAGACAAAGAAAUGAUACAGAGUUCGUCGACCUGUUGAACAAUUCACGCGUAAGCGAAUUGACAAUUGGUCAACUAGAACUGCUUUGUCAAAGGCGAAGGGUGGCUUUAGAUGAAGAAUUUAAGGAUGGUGUUGUGAUUCGAAUAUUCCCGACCGUCAAACAGGUUGACGAAUACAAUGAUAAGAUGACAGCUAUGAUUUCAAAACAAAAUCGUGUCUAUACAAUCCGUUCCAUAGAUGAGUCUCGUGAAAUUGCUACCUAUGGAAAGAAACCUCCAGAUAAUGUUGUCCCGAAAGAUGUGAACAAUUGUGGUGGACUUUUAUCAGAGGUAAAACUUGCUGCCGAAUCUCGUGUGAUGUUGAGACUUAACAUAUCAAUAUCUGACGGCCUCGUCAAUGGUGCAAUGUGUAUUUUAAAAAAAAUAAAAUCUCCAUCACUACGUAGGGAUCAACUAGAGGAAGAAGAAUUACCGGACUGCAUAUUAGUUAAGUUUGACGAUGAAAGCAUAGGAAGCAGACUAAAAGAUAGCGAUGGUUGUGUCGCCAUACCUCCAGUGGUUGCAACUUUUCAAGGAACGAAAGAUCCGACCGAAAAUGCGUUAGCAACAUAUUUCGAGUUGCUUGAGUCUCAAAAAUUUUCACAUCAUCUUAAAGAUGUAUUUCAUAGCGGUGACAUUAAUGUUUCGUCCCCACUGCAAGUUCAUUAUCGAGAGUAG